AUGGCCGAGCUGGACUUGGAGCCAUCCUACGACUGCUUGGAGGACGCAGAUGCACUCGAUUGGCUUUGGCUUCACCGGACGCCGUGGAAGACCUUCACCUUUUCACCGGUUCAAGCUGAACGGAAGCACUGCAGAUCGGUCUUCGAGAACUUGGUCGCCAAGCGCUCCGGUUGCCACGAAGCCCUCUUCGGCAUGGGGCGGCUCCUGGUCCUCGACGGUCAGUUCGAGGAGGCCCUGCCCUCCCUGGAAGAAGCCUGCGCCUUGCGGCCCGACGGCCUCUACCUGGCCUGGAUGGGCUGGUGCCUGCUCCUCUCCUCGGCAUCCCAGAGCUUCCUGCGGCGGCCGGCCACGCAGCAGCGCGCGCAGCGCUGCUGCCGGGAGGCGCUGGAGGCGGCCCCGGACCUUCUGCUUGCCCUGCGGUGCCUGGCGAACUUGGGGGAGGCGGAGAGGGCCGCCCGCGCGGCCGAAGUGGACCCUCUUUCGGGCCUUCCCAGCUUCGCGAAGCAGCUCCUGGAGGGAAGCAAGGUGCAGCGGAGGACGGGCGCCGAGGCGCUGCGGAAGGUCUUGGCAGAAGUCUCGGUGGACGAGGAGGCCCAGGCUUCGGCCUGCGCGGUGUUGCAGAGCCUGAGCCUGGACCGACCUCCCAAUCUUCCCGAGAAGCCGGUAGCAAAGGAAGGCAUGGCACGUCGGGCCAUCUCCUCCAAGCUCCUUGCUCUGGAAGUGCUCUGGCUCCGGCCUCAGCAUGCCGAGGUCUCUGGCAAAGGAAGCGUUUGGGGGCCGAAGGAUCUGCUCUCUUACGUCCACAGCCGAGGCGUCACCUCCUUCAUCGCAACAAGCGACCCGCCCGGGCUGCCGAGGCCGUUCUGUCGCUCUACCACGCAUUACUAA